CCUCAGUAACUGGGUGAUAAACGAGACACUUUACUGAGACCAGAACUGCGAGCGAGACCUCUCACCAUGUCACCCAUGUGGCCUUGUCUGCUCAGCUUCACCUGCUUGGUCCUGUCUGGAUUAGGAGAGGACAACCAGACUGAAGGAGCAGAACGAUGUAAAAAACCAUCAAUGAGUAACCUGGAGAAGAUCUCACCGUCCAAAGAAUAUUAUAACCCGUCUGAGGUGGUGACGUUACAGUGUGAACCUGGAUAUUAUCCCUCAUCGGACAGAAUACAAUGUAUGAAUAAUGGAGAGCGAGACGCCUGGACACCGACUGCUGUCUGUAUAGAACGAUGUAAAAAACCAUCAAUGAGUAACCUGGAGAAGAUCUCACCGUCCAAAGAAUAUUAUAACCCGUCUGAGGUGGUGACGUUACAGUGUGAACCUGGAUAUUAUCCCUCAUCGGACAGAAUACAAUGUAUGAAUAAUGGAGAGCGAGACGCCUGGACACCGACUGCUGUCUGUAUAGAACGAUGUAAAAAACCCUCAAUAAGUAACCUGGAGAAGAUCUCACCGUUCAAAGAAUAUUAUUACCUGUAUGAGGUGGUGACGUUACAGUGUGAACCUGGAUAUUAUCCCUCAUCGGACAGAAUACAAUGUACGUAUAAUGGAGUCCGGGAUGACUGGUCACCGACUGCUGUCUGUAUAGAACGAUGUAAAAAACCCUCAAUAAGUAACCUGGAGAAGAUCUCACCGUUCAAAGAAUAUUAUUACCUGUAUGAGGUGGUGACGUUACAGUGUGAACCUGGAUAUUAUCCCUCAUCGGACAGAAUACAAUGUACGUAUAAUGGAGUCCGGGAUGACUGGUCACCGACUGCUGUCUGUAUAGAACGAUGUAAAAAACCCUCAAUAAGUAACCUGGAGAAGAUCUUACCGUCCAAAGAAUAUUAUAACCCGUCUGAGGUGGUGACGUUACAGUGUAAACCUGGAUAUUAUCCCUCAUCGGACAGAAUCCAAUGUAUGAAUAAUGGAGAGCGGGACGCCUGGACACCGACUGCUGUCUGUAUAGAACGAUGUAAAAAACCCUCAAUAAGUAACCUGGAGAAGAUCUCACCGUCCAAAGAAUAUUAUAACCCGUCUGAGGUGGUGACGUUACAGUGUGAACCUGGAUAUUAUCCCUCAUCGGACAGAAUACAAUGUAUGUAUAAUGGAGAGCGGGACGCCUGGUCACCGACUGCUGUCUGUAUAGAACGAUGUAAAAAACCCUCAAUAAGUAACCUGGAGAAGAUCUCACCGUCCAAAGAAUAUUAUAACCCGUCUGAGGUGGUGACGUUACAGUGUGAACCUGGAUAUUAUCCCUCAUCAGACAGAAUGCGAUGCAUGUAUAAAGGAGAGCGGGACGACUGGACACCGACUGCUGUCUGUAUAGAACGAUGUAAAAAACCCUCAAUAAGUAACCUGGAGAAGAUCUCACCGUCCAAAGAAUAUUAUUACCUGUAUGAGGAGGUGACGUUACAGUGUGAACCUGGAUAUUAUCCCUCAUCGGACAGAAUACAAUGUACGUAUAAUGGAGUCCGGGAUGACUGGUCACCGACUGCUGUCUGUAUAGAACGAUGUAAAAAACCCUCAAUAAGUAACCUGGAGAAGAUCUCACCGUCCAAAGAAUAUUAUAACCCGUCUGAGGUGGUGACGUUACAGUGUGAACCUGGAUAUUAUCCCUCAUCGGACAGAAUCCAAUGUAUGAAUAAUGGAGAGCGGGACAACUGGACACCGACUGCUGUCUGUAUAGAACGAUGUAAAAAACCCUCAAUAAGUAACCUGGAGAAGAUCUCACCGUCCAAAGAAUAUUAUAACCCGUCUGAGGUGGUGACGUUACAGUGUGAACCUGGAUAUUAUCCCUCAUCAGACAGAAUACGAUGCAUGUAUAAAGGAGAGCGGUACGCCUGGACACCGACUGCUGUCUGUAUAGAACGAUGUAAAAAACCCUCAAUAAGUAACCUGGAGAAGAUCUUACCGUCCAAAGAAUAUUAUAACCCGUCUGAGGUGGUGAGGUUACAGUGUGAACCUGGAUAUUAUCCCUCAUCAGACAGAAUCCAAUGUAUGAAUAAUGGAGAGCGGGACGCCUGGUCACCGACUGCUGUCUGUAUAGAAGUCAAAGUGACCAAGAAAAGUGUGACCCCGAGCAGCAUCAUCCUGAGCAUUGUGUGCACCCCAGACCGGUGCGGGGACAUCUGGACAUCUCCUCUAUACACCUGUGUGCUACAUGGAGCAUUCUAUAAAGAAUGUAAAUAUAGUGCUGGAGACGUGACCUUCUCCGACCUGGAUCCAUUCACACAAUAUACAAUCCCAGUAUACCACACUGGUCAGUCAUGGCUGCUUCUACAGACGUUAUAUAUCACAACUCCUGAAUCAGCUCCAGCAGCUCCAGACAUUGUGCGGACGCCCAGCAUGGAGGACGGUACAAUAGCCUGGACGCGGUCUAAUGCACAGGGGAACAUCACUGGCUUUCAGAUGAACAUCGUGGCCUGGAGAGAUUAUAAUUCUUCCUUCUCCUUGAAUAUAACGGAAUGGUUUCCCCCCAACAUUACCCAGUAUAAAAUGAAUCUGCAGCACGGGACCAAUUACACAUUUCAUCUGCGAGGAUUCACAUCUGCAGGAGGUGGCGAAUAUAAAAGUACCAGCGUAGAAACCCCAAUCGGAGAUCCUCCUGUCCCGACUGUUGCAAUAAAGGAUCUCACUUUACAGCUUCAACCGGUGUCUGAUGUCCAUGGACCAAUCAGUCAUUAUGAAAUAAUUAUCUUUAGUGAACCAAGAAGUAACACGAGUGACUGUCUAGGAGUGACUCACACACAUUACAACUCCACCCUGACCCCCUACACUGCGGCACUCCUCCCUGCGCACAACCUGACGGAGUUUAUAACACUGGGAGAUAGUCAACAUUAUGGUGGCUUCUAUAAUGCUCCUCUCAUCCCAAACCUGGAGUACAUGGUGUAUGUGCGGGUCACCAGCAAAUGGAAGGAGGCUAAGUCGUCGUGUGUGUUUCUGGACUUCUUCACAGCUAAAGAUCUGCUCCGCGGCCCGGUUCCUGUGAUCGCGGGGUCUGUGGCUGCUCUGCUCUUACUCCUGGUCUUACUGGUUCUGGCUGGUUUAUGGAGGACUGGAUUUUAUCGGAAAUUAAAAAAGACAGAAGAAAUCCCGCUAAAGUCUGGACUGGGCAAGAAGAACAUUCCUGUUGAGAAUUUGUUGGACGUCGUUAAAACCUUGCGCUAUAAGGAAAUGUUUAAUAAUGAAGAAGAUGAGGAGAACGCCGACAUGUUACCUGCAGGGCGUUACCUGGAAUACAAGGAACUUCCCAGUGGAUUAUUGCAUCAGUGUAAAAUCAGUCAAUUUGAAGAAAACAAGAUAAAAAAUCGCUAUAAUAAAGUUGUACCUUAUGAUGAUUCCCGGGUGAUGCUGAGAUCAAGUCUCUCUGGAUCGGAUUAUAUUAACGCUUCUUAUAUCCAUGGUUACAAAGCCCAGAAAUAUUACAUAGCUACACAAGGUCCUCUUCCUGAAACAGUAGCUGACUUCUGGAGCAUGGUGUGGCAGGAGAGCAGCUCAGUCAUUGUCAUGUUGACUGCUCUUAAGGAACAGAAUAAGGUAAAAUGUGGGCUCUACUGGCCAGAAGAAACCCAGACCUACGGGGACAUCACAGUCUCUCUACAAAGAGUCAUUCAGACCGGAGCCAUCAUCACCAGGAGCUUUAGCCUGAAGAAGGUGCAGUCGACAGUACAGAUGACGGUGGAGCAGCUGCAUUAUCUGGAGUGGCCGGACCACGGCGUGCCCAGUAAGGCGUCCAGCCUGGUGCAACUGGUGGAGCAGCUGAACAAGAGUAACACCCCGGGCUCGGGCCCAGUCAUUGUGCACUGCAGCGCUGGGAUUGGAAGAACCGGGACGUUGAUAGCUUUGGAUAUCCUCCUGAAGAUGGCGAGAGAUGUGAGGACGGUGAAUGUGUUCAGCUGCGUCCAGCGGCUACGAAAGAGCAGAGCGAACAUGGUGCAGAACAAGAAACAAUAUGCCUUCCUAUACGACAUCCUCCUGGAGGUGCUGCUGUGUGGCAUGACCAGCGUACCUGUGCCGGACAUCAAGAGACACCUUAGUCACAUGACCAGACAGGACCCCCGCACUGAUAUGGAUGGGUACGACAGGGAAUUCCAGGCUUUGGAUAAAAUAACGGAAUUAUAUCAGAUUUAUCCGUGUAAAGAAGCGAAGAAACCAGAAAAUCUGAGGAAGAACCGGGACUCCAGGAUACUGCCAGAUGACCACUCUCGUCCCAUUCUGCUGUCAUCGUUGACAAGAGAUAGCACCCCCGGGUACAUCAAUGCUGUUUUUGUAAAUUCUAACUGUCUCGACGAUGUCAUGAUUGCCACCCAACUGCCCAUGGAGGAGACUCUGAAGGACUUCUGGUCCCUGGUCUGGGACUACAAGUGUACGUCAGUGGUGAUGAUGCACCGGGCCCAGGACCUGCAGCAGAUCGGCUUGUUGCGCUUUUGGCCACAUCGGGGAGAAUCCAAUUAUGGGGGCUUUAUCGUCAUGGCGACUGUCAAACAGUCAGAGAACGGCUACAGACGGACGUCGCUGAGUGUGAGGAGGGCUGACGAGAUGUUGGACUCUGCUCUGGACGUGACGCUGUGGCAGCUGGACUCGUGGCCCCUGGAUCGGGAUCUCCCUCACAAUCCGUCUGCCCUCGUCACCCUGAUCGGGGACGUGGAAAAACGUCAACAGCAGAUGGCGGACAGCCACAUCCUGGUCACCUGCAGUGAUGGUGCGAGCCGCUGCGGACUGUUCUGCGCCGGCCUGAUUCUCUGUGAUCAGAUCCGCAGCGAUGGCGUCGUAGACGUUUCCCAGGCCGUGCGGUUGCUCCGGAAAAGACGCUGCCAGUUUAUCCCUAGUAAGGACCAGUAUUCCUUCUGCUUUGCGAUGGUUCGGAGCUACUUGGAUUCAUUUGAAACUUACGGAAACUUCAAGUAGCAGCGUCAUCUAUGAGAGGUUCCUGGAGGAGAUGCUCCAUUCACGGACUGGUGACAUGAUGAGACCUUCACCAUAGAAUUACUGUCAUAUGGACCAAUUAUCAUCUUUAUCAUCAUCACUCGCCCAGUGACCACCAUGACCUUGUACAAUCACGAGGCACCCGGGGCGAGGAACCGUACACUGGGGUCAGCACAGUCAGGUCCUGGGGGCAAAACUGAGCAGAUAACACCAGCAUGGACACCCCCGAUCUAAAGGGAUUGAGAGCUCACGGGGCAUGGAUGAUGAGAGUGAUAUAUUGUGUGAUAUAGGGAGAUUAGAUUGUGAGCUCCUGGGAACAGAGAUUAUGGGAGUGAUACACUGUGUGUAACAUAUGGAGAUUAGAUUGUGAGUUGCUUGUGGCAGGGAUGAUGGGAGUGAUGUAUUGUGUGUUAUAGGGAGAUUAUAUUGUAAGCUUCUGGGGGUAGGGAUGAUGGGAGUAAUCAUUGUGUGUUUAUUUGUUUUCAUAAAUAUUAUAUAUUAAAGUAUUAAUAACACAGAUUUUCCGGUUUCAUCGUUGUCUUGUGAGAUGGGGAAACAGCUCUCAUUGUCUGAACACUGUGUGGAUUAAAUUAAAUUGUCUGGACUGACGUUCUCCUGUUUGGCCACAAGAUGCCGCUGUUUCCAAAAUACAGCUACAGACUGCAUAUUUUCAUUUUAAUGAGAGGUGGGGUUUCAGAGCCUGGAGAAGGAAAGGGAGCAGCCAUCUUAGAGGAAGCUGAGACUAAGGAACUGUGUGAGCAGAGAAUCCGAUUGCAUCCAGGUGUGAGAGCAUCCCUCAGUGACCAGAGCUGCAGCUAAGACAAGCUGAUUGUGUUCAAGACCUUGAUACUGUACAGAGGAACGAGGAUUUCUUCCAGGAAUGCCGAUGAGUGCUGAGGAGCAAAGCGACAUACACUGCGGUACCGCAUGCUUGUUGGAGAGACAUUUGUUCUGUUCAGAGUCUCCAGUGGAUGCAGAGCAGACCCGGAUCGGUAAGAUCGUGCACGCACCUCAUAACAGUGUUGGCGCCUAGAG